AUGGAAGACGAUAAAGCCAAUACCAUUUCAUUAAAUGAUAAAAUAUGCCAGAAUAGUAGUGCCAUUGCAUCGUUAGUUUGUCAACAGUGCGACGCAACACUGCCAAAUUUUAUUGAAUUUGGCUGUCAUAUGCGAAGUCAUUUGAUAAAUUCUGAUCAAAAGCAGAAAUGCAAUUUUUGCAACGUUGCCUUUUAUGACCCUAUAGCUCGAAUAUCUCACCUUGUAGAUCAUUUCAUUGAGAAUAGCAUUCACAUAUUAUGCAAGAAAUGCCCAACUAUAUCAUUUUAUACUUUUCAACAAAUUCAACAGCACCAUGCAGAUGCGCAUCUUGAAGAACAUUCUAUUACUCAUAUAGAAGAAGUUUUACGAUAUCAGUGCACUGCAUGUAACAUUUCAUUUGAAACACGUGACCUGUUCGCCAUUCACGUACAGCUUGUUCACGACCGACCAACACUAUUAAAUCUCCCAUACAAUAAUAACCAGCAAAAUGUUGUAACAGUUAACUCAAGUAAAAGGCAAGGAAUUACUGAUAUUCAGGUAGGAAGUCGGUUAGUCAAAUGUAUGGUAUGUGAUAUUAAAUUUGAAAAUGAAGAUAAGUUGGACUUCCAUCGCUUAAUUAUGCAUUGCAAAGAGGUACAGGUAAUCCCUAUACAGGUACUCCGAUCAGAUCGAUGUGCAAAUUGUCAGGCAGAAAUUCAUACAGCUGCUCAAUUCAAAGAUCACAUGCAUGAGCAUAUUCGGAAGGAACGCAACAUAAUGUGUAUUAUUUGUCGGCAAGCUCUUCGGAAUGAUACGCAAAUUGAUGUUCACGCAAAAUAUCACAUGCAGAUGAUUCAUAAUAGCUCAGAAUUGAAUGAGCGGUCUGAAAUAUGUCAACAGCAUUUUCCGAAAGAAUCACUGGAAGUUCAUAUCGUGGAGCAUUCUAGUCAAGGAGAUUGUCCAUACUGUGAGAAACACUUCUCAGACAUUCACUGCUUGCUCUCACACAUUGAUUCAAAGCACUCUAAUCAGCAAGCAAUUAUUCAGUGCCAAACAUGUCAUAAAGCUUUUCAUUUCAAGUCUCAGUUACAAAACCAUCGUUGUCAAAGCAGUGUGCAAGGAAUAUUCUUCAAUUCGCCUCGGAAAUGCGCAUCACCGAAAGCGACAGAACAGAACGCUUUUCAGUUUCCAUACUGUCCUGAGUCAGAAAAUGCUUUGCAAGGCAAUUUUCACGCGCAUUCAAAGCAAGCAUUUUGUUGUGAUCUCUGCACGCUGACUUUUUCCUCUCACACACGCUUUGAAGCACAUCGUAAAACACACGUCGAUGAAGAAGGCUGA